AUGAUCUGCUAUGAGUGCAGCCAUAUGAUCCAAGUCGCAAUCAUCCCUGGUCCCAAAGCACCCGCCGACUUCUGGUCAUUCUUGGAGCCAAUCAUGAAAGAACUUUGGGUUCUCCAAGCCAGUGGAAUGGUUGUGAAGACACCAUAUGGAGAUAUUUGUGCAAAAGUCCAUGUACUGAUGACAACUGGGGACAUCCUAGCUCUGGGAAAGAUGGCUUGUCAUGUGGGCCAUAUGAGUAAGGAUGGCUGCCGCAUCUGCCACGUUGUGGGCCAAUCUUCUGGCCAUGGCCAAUAUUUCCGAAUGCCAUCUACUAUCACCAUGCGCACACCGGAAAGCUUCAAGUACUUUGACGAGGUGGCAUUAUCAAGCAAAAAAGGGUUAACUGGCCAAUCUCCCUUCUCAUUACUGAAUUCCUUCUCUGGUCCGUUCUUUUUUGCAUUGGAUGAAAUGCACGGCAUUUGUCACAGCAUUGCCAAACAGGUCUGGGGGCUCGUGUGUGGCAAGUAUGGAAAAGAUCAUCCUCUGUCUCUCUCCCUUGCAGCUCAAAAAGAAAUUGGCACUGCCAUGGUGUCCACUAGAAGAAGUAUUCCGACGUCUUUCCACGGUGCUUGGAUAAAUGUCGCGACAAGAUCAGGAUACUUCCGGGCUGUGGACUGGGCUGACUUCAUCUUGUUUGUUAUCCCCACGCUUGUGGCAGAGCGUGUCUGUGACCAAGCUGCCCGCAAGGCAUUGCUUGACCUGGUGCAGACAUACAACCUACUCAUGAGCUGGGAGUUAUCAGCAGAAGAGAAAACCUUGAUCAAAAUAAAUCUUGUCACAUGGAAUGCAUAUUUGGAAGCCUCGCUAGCUAAAGAAGAGGUCCAGCUCAAGGUCUUUACGAUCAACCAGCACCUCCUGCAGCACUAUCCCACAAUGAUAAAAGUGUAUGAUCCUCCCAGAGCGUAUAGUGCACGAUCUGUUGAGAGGGCGAUUGGGGAAUACUUGCAAGCAAUAAAGAGUAAUUCGGCAAUUGGAAUCAAUGCUGGCAAUAUCAUGCUUGGCUUGACACAGAUUCGACCAAUGAGAGUUGAAAAUUCAACAACAACAACAGCAACAGCAACAGCAACAACUCUCCUUCAGUAUGACAAUCUCUCUGCUGGUAGUAAUGUUGGUACUGAUUCUGACAUUGAGUUCUGGGGGUCUUUGAGGAACAGAACGAUUGUUGAUAGUUUUGGAGGCAUUUCUUGUCUUUUAGAGCUUUUUCAAAAGUUCUACAAAUCAAAGGGGGAAGAGUGUAGUAUGAUUGAAGCAGCCAUUAAAACAAGCCGUAAGGCAUUUGUAAAUGGUUGUGUUAUUGACUCUGCACUCGACCAUAAUUGUGUAAGAGAGGCACAUAACAUCAGACUUCAGGUUCAGGUAGAUGAGAACCGCAACAUUGGGCAAAGCUACUCUCCAGUCUACAAGGAUUUCUUUGGGAAGGUCAUCGUUUUCUUUGAGCACAAGCUCAACAAAAAGAGGUGGCCACUUGUCCUUGUCAAUGUUUAUGCAGUUCGUUUGAUAAAUAGUAUACCAGUCAUCAACAAUGGGCAAAUGAAGCCAAUGGUAGUUCACUUGGCAGAUGUCAAAGAAUUAGUUGGUUUGGUGAAGUUGGACACAACUAUAAACACAAUAACAACAGCAGCAACAACAUAUGUAGUGUGGCCAGAGCUUAACCGCGGCCCAAAACUGUCACUUGGUUCUCUUGCAGACUUAUAA